UGCAUCCACUGAAUGUGCCCCUUUGUUCCAGGUGCACCUCCUUGCUUUAUCCGAGGGAAUCACCAGACUGUCCCCACAGCCUUACAGAUAAAAUUCAAGAAAAAACGUGAAAGGGGUGGUUUCGCGGGCAGCGACCGGCGGAACCCAAGACGUGAGAAAGCAAAGGCCGCGCGACGGGGCGGCGGCGGUCAAUGUUGUUUGAGCAGGCGCCCGAGGCUUUGGCGACCGCAGAGCCCAAAAUGCAGAAAACCGCUUACUACGAUAACUCGACGCUCUUCGGGGGCUACGGCGGCGGCGGCGGCGGCUACGGCAAAGCGGAUGCCUAUGGCUACACCAGCGGCCCGCCCCAGCCCUACGCCCAGCCCGCUCUGGAGACUGACUACCCCGGGUCGGCCUGCUCCCUCCAAAGCGCCGCCCCCCUUCGGGCGCCCCCGGCCCACAAAAGCUCGGAGCUCGGCGGCAGCUGCAUGCGCACCGGCGGAGGAAGCCAGGCAGCCCCUCAGCCGCCCUCUGGCCUGGGCGACCCGCAGCCGCCACUGCCACCUCAGCAACAGCAACCUCCUCCCCCUACGCUGCCCUCUCCCUCCCCGCCCAACAACGCCGCCCACGCGGGGUCCGCCAAGAAAGGCAAAAGCGGGCCCAAUUCUUCCGGCGGCUCCCCGGCCACGAUUAGCAAGCAGAUCUUCCCCUGGAUGAAGGAAUCGCGGCAGAACUCCAAGCAGAAAAACAACUGCGCGCCCGCAGGGGAGAAUUGCGAAGACAAGAGCCCACCUGGCCCAGCAUCCAAGAGAGUCCGCACUGCCUAUACCAGUGCUCAGCUGGUGGAACUGGAGAAAGAGUUCCACUUCAACCGGUAUCUGUGCCGUCCGCGCCGCGUUGAGAUGGCCAACCUCCUCAACCUGACUGAGCGUCAGAUCAAGAUCUGGUUUCAGAACCGCCGGAUGAAGUACAAAAAGGACCAGAAAGCCAAAGGGAUUAUGCACUCCCCAGUUGGCCAGUCUCCAGACCGAAGUCCGCCCCUAAGUGGUCCCAGUCACGUUGGUUAUACCAGCCAGCUGCCCACCGUUGGGAGCCUGAGCUACGACACUGCCCCAUCACCAACCUCCUUUGCCAAGUCGCAGCAAAAUCUGUAUGGCCUGGCUGCCUAUACAGCCCCACUCAGCAGUUGUUUGCCCCAGCAGAAAAGGUACCCAGGAACCGAGUACGACCACCACCCCAUGCAAAGCAACGGUGGUGGCUUUGCCAACCCCAGUUUGCAGGGCAGCCCCGUCUAUGUUGGCGGGAACUUCGUGGAUUCCAUGCCAGCCUCCGGCCCAAUGUUCAACAUCAGCCAUCUCUCCCACCCUUCCUCCGCGAGCGUGGACUACAGCUGCGCUGCUCAGAUCCCCGGCAACCAUCACCCUGGACCUUGUGACCCCCACCCCACCUACACAGAUCUAACUUCUCAUCACACAUCUCAGGGAAGGAUUCAGGAAGCCCCCAAGCUAACGCAUCUGUAGUAGACUGGAACCGA